AUGAAGACAUGUAAGACGGUGUCCACGUGCACCCCGAUGGAGGAGGCUCAAGGCACACAUGUGUUUGAUAUCUUGGGUUACAGCAAGCACAGGGGCAUGGGCCACGACAGCGACAGCUAUAUUCGGUCCGGGUUUUUCACCGUCGGCGGCCACAACUGGGCCAUCUCCUUUUUCCCUGAUGGUUUCAAUGGAUAUGGCCAAGAUUACAUCUCGGUUUAUCUCGUGCUUGUGAGCCACAGAACUAAAGUUCGGGCAUCCUGCGACAUGAGGCUGGUGGACCAGUACACCGGAUGCUCGUUUUCAGUGCAUAACAUAGGACCUAGGAUUUUCAAUCCCGCUGAUACUACUAGGGUUGCUCCACAGACUCCCUGUUUCAUAAGGCGGGACGAGAUCGAGGGAUCUGCAUACCUUAGGGAUGACCGCCUCACGAUUGAAUGCGUUGUCACUGUCUUCAAGAAGCCACAUGUUACCGAAACCAAAUCGCUCCCCGUAAUCGACAUGCCACCAGCUGACAUGACUGAGCAUGUUGCCAAGCUGCUCGAAGAAAAGAAGGGAUUUGAUGUCAGUUUCAUUGUUGGAGGAGAGACCAUUGAAGCGCAUAGGUUUGUUCUCGCUAUGCGGUCUCCUGUUUUUAAAGCAGAGCUCUAUGGGUCAAUGCGGGAGGCAACGACGGGGCAGUGCAUAACCAUCAAGGACAUGCAACCUGUUGUUUUCAAGGCCCUGCUCCAUUUUAUCUAUACUGACUCCUUGCCUAGCGACGAGGAUACUGAGAUGGUCCGGCUUUUACUAGUGGCUGCUGACAGAUAUGCAAUGGAUAGACUCAAGUUGGUUUGCCAAAGCAUCCUUUGCGAGGAUCUGAACAAGGACACCGUGGCAACCACAUUGGCUUUAGCUGAACAACAUAACUGCCUCCAGCUUAAGGAUGCUUGCCUUCAGUUUAUCGAAUUAUCUGGUUUCAAGGAUCUCAAGGCGACUUGCCCAUCUUUCAUAGAGGACGUAUUGAAGAAGAGAAGAAAAGUUUCAUGA